GCGACACAUGUUAGCGGAUGAAGCGCAUACGCACAAAAGAGAUGACACAACUGUUCGAUUGCUACAUCAUCUCCCAGCAUGGCAGUCCAACCACACUCAUCUCCGACCGAGACCCCAAGUUCACCAACAAGUUCUAGAAGGAACUUAUGUCUCUACUCGGCACCAAAAUCGCCAUGUCAUCUGCAUACCAUCCACAGACAAACGGACAAACCGAACGCCUCAACUUAAUUGUAGAGCAACUCCUCCACACAGCAUGCAAGGACGACAUCUCCAAAUGGGACUUGCAUCUACUCGUCCAGGAGUUUGCCUACAACAACGCAACUCAUGUCGCUACUGGACAAACACCAUUCUUCCUUUGUUACGCACGCAACCCACUUAUCACCACAAAAACCAAUAGCACCAGCGACAGUCCAGCCCGCACAUG